UGUGGAAAGUUCAGUUCUUAAGAAGCUCUGUGAGUGUGCUCCUACCUUUCGUGAAGAUGUGCUCCACACUGCACUUGUUGGUGCUUUUAAGUAUAAUAGGAUGUGUUGAACUCAUCACAGUCACGACUCCGCUGAAAUAUGUGAAUACUACAGUUGGUGGAAGUCUUCUACUCCAGUGUAUGUUUGAUACUACUGAGAAGACCACCAGCCUUACCAUCCAGUGGGAUUUUGUUUCAUCAUCCUCCAUGACGCCACAGCAGGUGUAUUACUAUCAGUCUGGAAGGGAUGUCAUUACAAAGUCUUACGAGGGCAGACUCCAGGCUCCCUCUUCUCCCGCCACGACCAGAAACGCCUCAAUAAUACUGAGCAACAUGCAAACUUCGGAUUCUGGCGUUUACACUUGUGAGGUUCAUAACUUUCCUGAUGUGAACGGACAGUCUCAGGUCAAUAUCAUCGUGAAUGUUCUCGAGAAGCCCUCCACUCCUUAUUGCUCCACCCACGGGGACAUAGAAUCGGGUCACCUGGUCACUUUGACCUGUCACAGCGAAAGUGGGAGCCCGACCCCGACAUACAUCUGGACCAGACUGGAUCAGACUAAGACAAGGAGGCCCAUACUGGGGAGAGUGACCACAACUGGAAUACUGGAAAUCAGAAACAUAUCCCAGUUUGAGUUUGGGGAGUACCAGUGUAACGCUACAAACGCAGUGGGAUUUUCAAUUUGCAGUGUGGAGCUGAGUCCUGAUGCGGCAGACGGAGUGAUUGCAGGUGCAGUGAUCGGCGCUUUGCUCGGCUGUGUCCUGGUCAUCCUGGUCGUGUGGUUCAUCGCUCAUGCUGUGAAGAGACACAAAUACAAAGCAGUGAAAGCAGCUGAUGCCAACGAGAUGACAAGGAGCUCUCCGCAGGCUCAGGAAGCCUCCGAUAGCGUUCCCAUGACAACCACAGGCAGCAAUCUCCAUGCUGAGCCACAAGCCUAAAAAAAGGCCCAUUGAGAACAGCUGGAGCAAACGUCACUGUUCUGAACAACAGGAUGUCCAGGAUGUUCAGUCUUCAACAUACGUCACACUCAAAUGCAAUCAAUGUGAUGAAGCUCAUGUUCAUGUUUGAAGUUUGUUGUGUAUUUACUGAAUCAGGAAAGUUGCUGUGCUUACCAUCAGUUCAGCCUUUCUCAUGUGAUAUGUUUUGUUUUUUUGUUUUUUUUCACAAAUAAUUUGCUUUAACGUAGACAAAAUGUUUGUAGUGCUUUUGGUUUGUUUUACCUUUUCAUACUCGUUGAUGAGCCAUGCAUUUGGUAUACAAUAAAACAUUUAAUGAUUUUGUCUUUUACAAUGACCAACACUAUUUUUUUAAUACAGCAAUUUACAAUAUUUUUAAAAUAACAAGAUAUGAUUAUGAUAAAAGCCUACAUUCAGAUUGAAUCUUUUAAAGGACAAAAUAUCUGAAGUAUUACAACUACUACAGAAAACAGAAUCAUUUUUUUCAGUUAAUGGAUUUGGGCUCCCAGAUCAAUCUUAACUUUAUCUUUGGUAACACAAACUGUCAAACAGCUAUGGAUGAACUGUUUUAUGUAAUAAUGUUUGGAGACAUCGAUUAAAUAAAACGUGUU